AUGGAUUUCGAACCGCUACUCGAGUUCUUACAACCUCAUCUCCCACCUUUUGUUUUUCACUUGUUAUUAAACCUGGCUUCCUCACUUGCCUCAACUAUCAAUACGCUUUCUUAUGCUCUAACUCAUCCUUCUGACCCCGACUCUACCGAGGCUCUGAAGUCGCUCGUGCCUUCGCUUUUAUCAUUCUUGGCCCUAUACUUCACGAUCGUGUCUGUCUAUCGAACGAUACGAAGUGCCAUCAAUCUAGUUUUUUUCUUGGUCAAGUGGAUUGGUAUAUUGUCCAUGCUAGUUCUCGGUUUCUCUUAUGCUAUGGGUGGCAAUGCCGCAGAAAGCUUUGGUGAUCUGGCUGCUCGGCUUCACGAAUUUGAGGCCGCGUACAAAGAACAUGCUCAACCUCCCAAAGAAGGAAAAACGGGCCCCCGGAGUGUCUGGGAUCACUUCGACGCGCGUGACCGUGACAGCAAGGAUAGCGGGAAGCUCUGGUGGAAAAAAGACAAGGAUACAACUCCCCCAGCCUCGACGUUCGGGUACGUUUAUGAGCAGGUCUCAUCCUACAAAUGGGCUUGGGACGCUUUGGUUGAUACUCGGGAGGACACUGGUUCGGAACGAGUCAAGCGGGCUAAAAAAGAAAAGAGUAAACCUCAGGUGAACGCCAAGAGCAAACCUGGCCAGCGUGUUCGAUAG